UUGCUAUAUUUCGUAAUCAAGUUGUAGAAACAUGUUCGAUCGAAUAAUAACGAUUCCACAAUUAAAACAAGCCGAAACGCAUGCUCGUAGUUUCCAACAUCAUGUGAUACUGCUUUUAAAUAUUUUGUUCUUACAAUUAGAAAUAAAAGCUUAUAAAAGCUUGUUACAAAGAAAACUACUACUAAGACUGUCAAUUUGGAAAAACAGUUUUACAAUUCAUUAUUAUAUUACUGACGAGAAAGAUAUCAACUAAUUUGUGCAGAGGUUGUGUACCUUGUGAUAGAUACGCACGAUUUGCAUAUAACUUUUAAGCAUUUUCGGUGGAAGUAUUGAAACAUGAUUCGUUCCAUGAGAAACUAUAUAGAAAUUUUCCUUGGAAUAUCUAUCAAUGAAGAUGAACUUAUAACGUAUUACGUAGCUAAGACUUACGAAAGAUUUGACAGCGUUAAUCCUUCGAAUAACCCGUUGUAUUGUUUUGACCUAGAUUGAAUUUAAAGAUUUUCUUUAUUCCUUUGUACUAUAAUUAUUUUUAAAAAAUUUAAUAGUAUCCUAUUAAGAUCUGUAUUCAGUUGUUUUCACAACGUUUUCUUUUUUUAAAAUAUUAAAUUCAUCCAACUGGAAAAGAGAAGCUAUGUUUUGUUUCAAAUAAUUAAGUGGCAGGUUGUUCCUAAUGAAUAUUAUACAUACUAACACAAAAAAUGUGAUUCUCAUUUUUCUGGCGACUCUGUUGAUCACUGUAAAACAAGCUUCCAUGGCAUAUGAAAGCGUGGUCAAUAAUAUGAUGAAAGAAGUCAAUGUAAAUUCUACGCCAGCAUACAGUAGUAAAAAGGAUGAGAUAUCUGGAUCAUGUCCGAGUGGUACUGUAUGUUCAGAACUAGGUGGAGAAUGUUUAAAUUGUAAUCUAAAUCCAAACUGCGUAUAUGGAGCAGUGUAUAUCGCAAAUUGUACAGUCUUAGACCAAAUCGAUUGUAUCGGCAAUCAAAACUUCCAAAAAAAGUACAUUUGCCGUUAUUGUUAUCAAACAGAACAUUGGGAGCAUUACUGUCAGCAGAAGAAUUCUUGCAGUUCUGUGGCAUCUCCUCGACAAUACUAUAGAACAAAUUGUACAGUGAACGGAGACAUUCUGUGUCUAGGUAGACGCAAAUUCAUGAAAAAUUUACUGUGCAACUGGACUGUAGGAUACCGAUGGUCUACCGCUUUGAUUUUAAGCAUUACUUUAGGAGGUUUCGGAGCUGAUCGGUUUUAUUUGGGUCACUGGCAUGAUGGAAUUGGAAAGCUGUUAACUUUUGGAGGAUUUGGUGUAUGGACAGUAGUCGAUGUUAUACUCAUUGCUGUGAGAUAUUUAGGUCCAGCGGAUGGAUCAUUAUACAUUUAACUACUACUUUAAGUAGUUCUAUAUUUUUUACAUUAAAGAAUGAACGUUAUAAUUUAAUUGUUGCUGACUGGUUAGUCUUACCUAAAUUUAAUGUGAAAAAUAUAAACAUUUUAUUUAUUGCUUCCGAAAGAACUAAGUUGUAAUGUGAUAUGUACAUAUGUGUAUAUUAUCUUAUAUGUAUAUCUUUUACAAAUAUAAUAUUUUUAUUAAUUCUAACUAGUUAUGCGAUAUGCGCAAUUUCUUGACGUACAAGUACAGAAUUGUUAAUGCAUCAGUAGUUUAUAUAAUAAAAUAUUCUUAAAUUAUUUA